ACUAUUAAAAAGUGCUGUUAGGCACUUCCGGAAUAAAUAUUUCCUAAAUAGGAAUUCUACAAAUACCAGGUUAAAGUGUUUUUAAGAGCCUAAAGAUGUCGAGCAAAGUAAAGAAAUAUAUUGAUGAAUGCAGAGGAGAUCAGAACAAUACGGAAUUAGACCUGGUUGAUAAAGGAAUUGCGAAUCUAAACAUACCAGGCCUGUUGGACUUGAAGCACUUAACUAGAUUAACACUGUCUCACAACAAAAUCAAUGAGGUUCCAGCCAAUAUCACAGAACUGAUAAAUCUGGAACAUCUCAAUUUAUUCAACAACCAUAUAAAGGAGUUGCCCAGUACCUUGAAUUCGUUGAUGAAGCUAAAAAUACUUAACCUCGGAAUGAAUAAGCUGAAUGUCUUACCCCGAGGGUUCGGGGCGUUCCCGGCUCUGGAAGUCCUUGAUCUGACCUACAACAACCUCAGCGAGAAAUCUCUCCCAGGAAACUUCUUCUGUCUAGACACAUUAAGAGCGCUGUAUCUAGGAGACAAUGAUUUUGAGAGUCUGCCUCCAGAAAUAGGCAAGCUAAAGAAUCUCCAAAUUCUAUGUUUGAGGGAGAAUGACCUGGUAACAUUGCCAAAGGAAGUAGGAGAUCUAAAUCGCCUCAGAGAGUUACACAUCCAGGGGAACAAACUGACCGUGUUACCACCAGAAAUAGGUAAUUUAGACCUUGUGGGAUCUAAGCAGGUCUUCCGAGGGGAGAAUAAUCCCUGGGUUACACCAAUAGCUGACCAGUACCAAGUGGGCGUGUCUCAUGUGUUUGACUAUAUUCGAUCAGACACCUACAGAUUUUUAUAUGGUCGACAUAUUGCGGCAGAUUCUCCACCUUCAUCAAAGCCUACAGAUAAAUCCAAGAAGAUCAGUCGAAUGGGUUAGAGUAGCGAACCAGAGAGAGUGUGUUGUACCGUACUAAACACAAGUUUUGUAUUGUACUGUACUCCACACAAGUUUUGUAUUGUACUGUACUAAACACAAGUUUUGUGUAAUACUCAAAGUCUGUAGUACAACAUUUAACAGUAACAAACAAGAUCAUUCUUCCAACAAGGAAAAUUCAAUGCGAUGUGCAUUUUAGACUGCAGAUGCAUUUUAAAUGAAGAAAGACUUGUGUGGUAGAUACUCUACCAGUGGUGCUAUAUGGUAAGGUGUCCAACCCUGAAGAUGUGAUACUAUUGCAUUUCCUAUAUACAUGUAAAGCAAUAAAUUCUGAAUAGCAAUGUAACACACUUAAACUGUCUGCCGCGGAUUAUGAAAGCUUCUAGUUCUUUCUUGUUUAGCUGGUUAUCAGUGCUCGUCUUCCAUGACUCUCUGUACACAAACGUACCUUGUGAAUCAUUGAGCAAACUAAAUACAUGUAUAUUAUGUGUGUUCAAAUUUAUUUAUUCAUCAUUCUCCAUUUUCAUUGGCUUCCUCAAGCACUUUUCUACAAGGCAAAACUUGUAUGCCCUAGAGACUUAUAAAUGAUACCCAAGAGUGCAAAAUAUCCACAGAAAUGUGGUACUCUUUGAAAGACAGGUUAUGAUUAAGAUUUAUGAUGCAAUAUAAAAUGUUCUAAAGCAAAAACUUUAAACUUUAAACAUUUGAAUUGAGUUGCCUUGAACUUGUCAGUAGGUCUAGUUAACAUGCAAUUUAUUAUAUACUAUUUGUUUUCAAUAUGUACAUGCUAAUCAUAUGUAGAAUUGAUAUGUACCUUCUACAAUGUAUAUGAAAUAAACAUUUAUGCUUUU